UCUUGAGCCAACUAUGGAAAUUCAAAGCCUUCUUCAAUCAGGUUCCUUGAAAAAAAAACAAGUAACUAGGCAAUGCAAAGAGUAUGAUCUUCAAACAGUAUCUUCCAAGUUACUACAAGCCUUGGAAGUUAAAGGGCAGCUGAAGAAAUUGUAACACAAUUAUUUCACUACAGGCUUAAGAAUACUUAGGCAAAAUCCCAGGAAGAGAGAAGAACCAGGAGUUAUGUUUGCUACACUGGGUCUUGAAUUCUAUCACCUAGAUUUAAAACUUGUUGAAGCGGGGUUAUUAUCUUCUAUAUCUUUUAGCAUUCCUGUUGCCUAUUCUUCCCUCCCCUCCCUCCCCCCUUCACCCUUCUACCAUCACAGCACAAAGAAUGCCUAGUUCUCUGCAUAUAGUAAGCACUCUUUAAAUGUUUGAGUCAAUGAUCAUGUCACAAUGAAUCUGUUAUGACAUCACCAGGACGAGAAUACCAUGGAUAACAACCAGUUAGUAGAAAGGUAAACCACAAUAUCUGGGAGCAGGAAAGACCUCUUCUAGCUUCCUAGUGGAUACGUUUAUUAGCAUUUGCCUAUAUUCCGUGAAAAAGAAGAGAUAAAAGGAAAUCACCCAACUGUUCAAAAUGUUUGUCAGAGUGCUAAGUGAGGUAGACAGUGAAUCUGAUUCAGAAAAAGAAGUUGAGGAUUCCACUGUCCUUUCAAGAGAGUCCAAAAAUGUCCUUGAUGCCCCAGUAGUCCCUACGCUUGAGAUCCCAUUCUCAACGCAGCAUGUCAUCUCUAGAAUUGACCAAGCACAGCUCCUUCGAGCCAAAAAGGACAUCAGUAUGCAGCUGAUUGAUAUAACGAGCAAUGUGCAGCGGAUAAUAAAUCGCUAUACCAUUGAUCAGAACUUGCUCCAAGGACGGAAAACCUCCAUUGUAGAAUAUAACAAACAACGGAGAUCCAAUUUUAUGGAGAAAAUAUCUACUUUUUCACAUACUCUUGAAGUUAGAGAAAAGACUCUUGCCCAAGUCCUGGCCUGGUUGGAAGAAUGGAAUGUCAUUUUGUCUGAGAUCACUGCAACUGAUAUCGAAGAACGCAGCCACUGGAUAGCACAAAUGGAGAUAUUACCAGCGACAUUCAAAGCUAUUGAGAGCAAUGUCAAGAUACUGACUAAAAUUAGCGUGUCUUUGUUUGAAGACAGGAAGAAACAAAAGAAAAAAAUAACAUCUAGAGGUACUCUGUGGAAACCUUGGAAAGAAAGAGUUACAAAGCGACCAGCAACGGCCCAUGCUUUAAGACCAGAUCAGAUGAUUAGUGAUGAAUUUGCAACAAAUACAAAGGUUUCAGAAAUCCAAGAUAUGCUACAGGAACUCAUAGGCUCUUCGAUGUUUAGUAAAAUGGAAAACAAUGCUAUUAAAUAUAUAUCAUCAACAAUAACAAACCUUUCUAAAGCUUUGAGUGCAGUAAAUGAAGAGUUAAAAAUUAGUCUCCAAAGUGCCAAUACGCUCAUAGAUGACACAGCUGAAAAAGAAAAAGAGCUCUCCCUUAAUAUAAUAGAAGAUCUUAGUGAAAAAAAUGAAAUGCUUCAGCGGCAACUUCAAAAUGCAGAAGAAAAGUGUGAACAACUUAUUCGAUCCAGAAGUUUACUGGAACACCAAAUCCAAGUGUUUGCAGCAUCACCCUUGAAAGCAUUUCCUAAACUUUCUCCACCGUCGUCUUUGUCCAUCGCCAGAUCUGAUGAUAUAGAGGACAGUGUGGACAGUAUUUUGGCCAAAGAAUUUGAGAAUGUUGUAGAUGAGGCCCAAAGAAAAGGGGCCAAAAGCCCUGGGGUCAAAUGGGACCCAGCUAUUUCACAUACAGUCCAAGCUGAAAUAACCCCAGAUUUAACUGAACAACAGCAGCAAACUUCUCCAGACAAAAAUCAGAAAAUUGAAGAUAAAGCUGAUAUGCAUCUGAAAGGCAAGACUGACCAGCAUCAGUCACAGAAAAGAAAGCACACAGAAAAACCACACAUGGGUGAGACCUCUGGAUCAAAACUGAGUGAUGAACAAGGUGAACAGAAAGUUGCAAGGUCCAAACCUAGUCACCAUUCCGAGCCACAAGCACUGGGAAAGAAGGGAAAAGAAAUAAAAUCUCCUUCUGAAGCCAAAUCAAAGUCAACUACUGAAUCAAAAAGCCAACAUACCCCUGCUGAUUACCCUUCUAGUGAAACAAAGAGACAAAGUGACAAAAGUGUAGCAAGUGCUAUGUUGGAGCAACUCAAGGUGAAAUCUGAAUAUCCAUCUGACAGGAGACAAAUAUUUUCAGAGACUAAAGUAGAACCCACCAUUGAGUCCAGGGACAAAGAGGGCAGAAGUGAAAAGAGUAGCCUGGCAGAGCCACUCAGGUACAUCCAAUCUGAAAAAAUGAAAGGAAAGAAACACCACAUCUCUCCAGAAACUACCAUGAGCACAGGAGAAAAAACUGAUGAAAAAAGAAUACCAGCCAAGCCUCCUGAACUCGCUAAAUCACCCUCAGGAACAGCUAGAGAGACUUCAGAAUCUACCAGAGCUUUAGUCACGUCGGCAGGCAAAAGCGAACAGAGUAACCUAGAAGAAUUUCAGAAAGCCAUAAUGGCUUUCCUAAAAGAGAAAAUUGAUAAUGCAGGAAAACCUUCUGAUAAAAAGACUAUGCUGAUGGAGGAGUUAUUACUAAAAAGAGCAGAAGCCAAAAAAUUAGGAAUCAUAAAGGCAAAAUUGGAGGAAUAUGUCCAAACAGUGGCAGAAAUCAUUGCUAAAACCCUGAGAAAAUACAAAGAUUUAAAAAAGGCAGGACAGGUUGGAGAGAAACCUAAGCCAUCAAAAAAGGGAGCCUCAUUUAUGCCGGGAUUACAGAUUCAAAAACCAUCAGCUAGUACAAAGGCUGAUAUUAACACCUUCCUUUCACAGGAGAACAUGGACCCAGUAAUUAGCAACUUAAUACAAAUGAUCUUGACUGAAAUAGAAAGUGAGAGAGAUGUUCCCGUAGUCUCAAGAUUAGGAAGAGACCACAAAGAGAAGGAAGAACAAAGGCAGGGGGAAUAUUUGCCAGGGAGUCAAGAAUUUUCUGGCAUGAGUCUCAAACAUCAGUUGCUAAAAGAAAAAAGUCUCUGGAAGGAGCGCCAUGAGACGAUAAAUAAGAAUUUGGAGAGGGAAAAGACAUGGCUCCAGAUGAAGGAGGGAAAGCAGUUGCAACAGACACAGAAGCCAUGGCAGGAAAUAGAAGUGUGGAAGGAACAGCAAAAACAGUGGAUGCAAAAGUGGAUUGAGCAAGAAGGGAAGCAAAAGCAAAGGGAAAUGGAAGAAGAAGAGCAGCGGCUGCUGGAGGCAAGGGAGCACAAAAUGAAAGAGAAAGCGGUGCUUUUAAAGGAGGAGGAGCAGAUGAGGCAGGUUCAGGAGGAAGCAAGACAGCUGGAGCUGACAAAAUGGGAAAAAGAGGAGGAGAAACAAAACGUAGAGGACUAUGAAAGGCAGAGACAGAAAAAAGCAGUGGACCAGGUGAUGAUUAAGGAGAAAAAACCUGAAGACCUAGAGAAAAUGGUAUCACAAACUACAGUGCUAUCAUCUGACAGCAUCUAUUCUCCCAGGCAGAGGAGCAUGCUGAAAUUUGCAUCCCAGUUAUACCCAAGAAAAGAGAUCCAUGAGAACCUUAAGUCAUUCAAGGUUCUUCCUGAUGGACAGCAUUCCGUACCAAUCACUCCUCCCACCUCCGUGCAAUCCUCCCCACCUGGGGUCUUCCCCGUUCCUGGAGGCUCUCCCACAAAGUGGAUCACUCUCACUUCUGAGCAGCCCCAGGCACUGGGGAUGACUCUCACUCUCGAGCAGGUCCAGAGAGAGGGCAUCAUCCUUACUCCCGAGCAGGUCCAAGCACUAGGAAUCACCUUUGCCCCUGAACAGGCUCAAACAGAGAAAAUCACCCUGACCCCUAGGCAGGCCCAGGCACUGGGGAUCACUCUCACCCCUCAGCAGGCUCAGGCACAGGGGGUGACCCUCACACCUCAGCAGGCCCAGGCACAGGGGGUCGCUCUCACCCCUCAGCAGGCUCAGGCACAGGGGGUGACCCUCACACCUCAGCAGGCCCAGGCACAGGGGGUCGCUCUCACCCCUCAGCAGGCUCAGGCACAGAGGAUCACCCUCACACCUCAGCAGGCUCAGGCAUUGGGAAUCAAACUUACCUCUGAGCAGGCUCAGGCACAAGGGAUCACCCUCACACCUCAGCAGGCUCAGGCACUGGGGAUCACGCUUACCCCUCAGCAGGCUCAGGCACAGGGGGUCACCCUCACACCUCAGCAGGCUCAGGCACAGGGGGUGACCCUCACACCUCAGCAGGCCCAGGCAUUGGGAAUCAAACUUACCUCUCAGCAGGCUCAGGCACAAGGGAUCACCCUCACACCUCAGCAGGCUCAGGCACUGGGGAUCACGCUUGCCCCUCAGCAGGCUCAUGCACAGGGGAUCACCCUCACACCGCAGCAGGCCCAGGCACUGGGGAUCACUCUCACCCCUGAGGAGGCUCAGGUGCAGGGACUUAGCUUCACACCUCAGCAGGCCCAGGCACUAGGGAUAACUUUUACCCCUGAGGAGGCUCAGGCACUGGGGAUCACUGUCACACUUGAGGAGGCCCACGCACGUGGAAUCACUCUCACCCUUCAGCAGGCCCAGGCUUUGGGGAUCACUCUCACCCCUCAACAAGUUGAGUCACUGGGAAUCACCCUGACCCCUCAGCAGGCCCAAGCACUAGGAAUCACUCUCAUUCCUCAGCAGGUCCAGACACAGGAAAUUAUACUUACACCCCAGCAGGCCCAGGAACUGGGGAUCACUCUCACCCCAGAGCAGGCCCACGCCCAGAGAAUAACUCUCAUUUGUGAGCAGGUUCAUGCACAGGGAAUCACUGUUAGCCCUAAGCAAGUUGAGACCCAGGGGAUCACCCUCACCUCCGAGGAAGCUCAGGCACAGAGUAUCACAUUCACCCCUGAGGAAGCUCGGGCACUGGAAAUCACAUUCACCCCUGAAAAGGCCCAGGCACAGGGAAUCACUCUUACACUUCAGCAGGCCCAGGCACUAGGGACCUCUCUCACCCCUCAACAGGUUAAGGUACAAGGGAUCAUUCUCACCCCUGAGGAGGCACAGGCACAGGGGAUUACCCUCACCCCCGAAGAAGCCCAGGAACUGGGUAUUUCUCUCACCCCUCAGCAUGUACAAGCAUUGGGGGUCUCCCAAGCCCCUCGGCAGUUUCAGGAUUUCAGGAGGAUCACUCUCACCCCUGAGCAGGCCCAGGCACUGGGGAUCACCCUCACCCCUGAGAAUACCUGUGCAUUGGGUCCUCCUCUCAUUCCUGAACAGGCUCAGUCAUUGGGGGUCCCUCUCAGCUUUAAGCAGGCCCAGGCAUUAGAGGUCCCUCUCACUGAAGAGCAGACCCAUGCUCUAGGGGUCACCCCCUCCCCUGAACAGGCCCAAGCAACAGGGGUCUCAUUAGCUCCAGGAGCUUCACUCACUGUGAGACAGGCCGAGGAAUUGGGAGUCCCCAUCACCCCAGAAUAUGCCUGGGUGUCAGCUGUCACUCGUACUCUCAAGCAGGCCCAGACCUUGGGGCCCCCUUUGAACUUAAAACAAGCUCAAGCAUUGGGGGUUCCUCUCAUUCCAGAACAGUUCAGGGAAUUAGGGAUCUCUCUAACCUCAGAUAAAGACCACGUCUUGGGAUCUUCCCUUAUCCCUGAGCAAGUUCAACCUUCUCUUAGACCAUUUCAAGAAUUGAAGGCUUCUCUCUCGCCUGGGCAAUCCUUUACAUUAAGCCCUAGCCAGUUCAUGGUAUCAUCUGCUAUUGCUGAGAAGUCCUCUGUAUUUGGGGUCUCUUCUCCUUUGCAGAUAUCAAGGUCUCCUCUCACUCAAUCCCCCUGUGCCCUUGGGACACCCCUAGUAAUGGGGAUUGCUUCUGACCCUGAGAAGUUACUUGCACCACAGACUCUUCCUUCCUCUCAGGGUCAACUUACCCCUAUGCAGUUCCUACCACAAGGGGUCCCUCCCACCCCUAGGCAGCUCUUCACAUCUAGGGGCCCUCUCACUCCCCAGCCACCCCUGAUAUUAAAGGCCUCUCUCACCCCCAGGCAGCCUCUUAUACCUGGAGUCCCACCUACCUCUGGACAGAUCCCCAGUCUCCCUCCUGGGCAGCCUUUGGUUUCUGAGGCCUAUUCCAUCCCUGGGGAGCUCCUGGAAUCUAGACCCUUUACCCUCCCUGAGCAGCCCCAGGUAUUCCAUCCCCCUCUGUGGGGACCCUCUACCCUUGGGCAGCAUCUGGCACCAUGGAUCCUUCCUAUUCCGGGGCAACCUUCCCCACUAUGGGGCCAUCCCACCUCUGGGCAGCCCCCCAAAUUAUGGGCUUCUCCAACUCCUGGAAAGCUCCAGAAAGAUUUAACUUCUUUUGUCUUUGAGAAAAGUAAGAAAGGAUUGGAAAUUAUUUCUCCGAAAUCUAAAUCAGCAUUGGUCCCUCCCAGUGAUUCAAAGUUCAAAGCAAAGCAAGCCCCUAAGACGUUCCGAAAGUCAGAUGUCUCUGACACUUCUGAAGAAACCCAGAUGCUCCAAGAUCCUUUUGCCAUGGAACAAUUUAGAACAUUUCAGCCCUAUCUCACCGAUUACACCAGGGCACCAGUAUCACAAACCCCUUACAUUGAUGAAGGGGCCCUUCCCACUUGUAUGAAGCCUAUAGCAUUGCUACCUUCUCUUAUUACUCGAUCACCCAAAAUAUCACAGGUCUCACUUUCUGAAUGGGACCAGAAAUCCAGAUUGCCUCCUAUAGACAGGCCCUGGAUACUGACCUCAGUUCUAGCUACCAAGAAACCCAAGAUGAUAGUGCCCCCUUCCUCUCCCCAAGAGCUGGAAGAAGAAGAGAAGUAUUUUGUUGAUGUGGAGGCUCAGAGGAAGAACCUGGUACUCUUAAAUCAGGCCACGAAAACUUCUGGACUCUCUUCACAGAUGCACACAACAGCUAGGAAUCUCAUAAUUGAGACACUUCAUACGGACACAGUUCGGCUGGGAUAUCUAUUCCGCAAGUACAUUGCCUAUAGGCUGAUCCAGGGUGCCAGAAACAACAUAAUCAAACGAUUACAAGCCAUCCAAAACACUGGAAAAGGCUAUGAGAGCCGAAACCUCUAUAUAAUGCUGGGUAGAAUUGAUGACUACCAGAAAAAGGUGAUGCAAGUCUGGACGGAGAAGCAGAAGUCUCUAGAGCAGAAACGGACUCAGUGCCUUAGGAAAAUUCUGCAUUUAUUUAGUCAGCUCCGAGAGAUGUAUAAAUUGAACCUCAGUCAACCUAUCCCCUUGAUCAUCGAUGAAAAGCAGAUGCCUGCCUCUACUAAAUUCAUUCGCCACCCAUACCUAGAGCUACUAACAAAAGAGAACAGAAAACCUGACACAUUCAGGAAAUUUAGACAACAAAAGGACCAUAUGGAGGCCAUCUGGAACGCUGAUAUUUCCACUUUGAGCUACCCAAUAAUGGAGAAGAAAUCAAUACAUUCACUCUGGGCCCAGCUGGGUGGGUACCCAGAUAUUCCUAGGCUGCUCCAGUUAGAUGUUCACUCUACCUUCAGAAAAUCUCUUGCAUCCAUUCAAUCACAGUAA